CAGCACGUCUCUCCGUCCCCGUCCCCGUCCCCAUCCCGCGCCUCCGCCCCCUCGCUCGCUCGCUCCUUCCCGCCCUCCCCGCAGCGCUUGCCCAGCCGGCUUCCCCCUCGGUCUCUCAUGAAUAUUGAGCGGCCCCUGUUGUAGUUCCCGAGCUCCAUUGCGGAAGCCCAGGCUCGCCAUAUUGUGCGGCGGCGGCGCCGGCGGCCGCGGCGGCUUGGACCUGAGUCUCGCUCCGGCCGCGGGCAGCGGAGUCCGGGCCGGGCCGGGAGCCGCAAUGUCUCAGGCUGUGCAGACGAAUGGAACUCAACCAUUAAGCAAAACAUGGGAACUCAGUUUAUAUGAAUUACAACGAACACCUCAGGAGGCAAUAACAGAUGGCUUGGAAAUUGUGGUUUCACCUCGAAGUCUACACAGUGAAUUAAUGUGCCCAAUUUGUUUGGAUAUGUUGAAGAACACCAUGACUACAAAGGAGUGUUUACACCGUUUUUGUGCAGAUUGCAUUAUCACAGCCCUCAGAAGUGGCAAUAAAGAAUGUCCGACAUGUCGGAAAAAGCUAGUUUCCAAAAGAUCACUAAGGCCAGAUCCGAACUUUGAUGCACUCAUCAGCAAAAUUUAUCCAAGUCGUGAUGAGUAUGAAGCUCAUCAAGAGAGAGUAUUAGCCAGGAUCAAUAAGCACAAUAAUCAGCAAGCACUGAGUCACAGCAUUGAGGAAGGACUGAAGAUACAGGCCAUGAACAGACUACAGCGAGGCAAGAAACAGCAGAUUGAAAAUGGCAGUGGAGCAGAAGACAAUGGUGACAGUUCUCACUGUAGUAAUGCAUCCACACACAGCAAUCAGGAAGCAGGACCUAGCAACAAACGGACCAAAACAUCAGAUGAUUCUGGGCUUGAGCUUGAUAACAAUAAUGCAACAGUGGCAAUUGAUCCCGUAAUGGAUGGUGCUAGUGAAAUUGAGCUAGUGUUCAGGCCUCACCCCACACUGAUGGAAAAAGAUGACAGUGCACAGACAAGAUACAUAAAGACUUCUGGUAAUGCCACCGUUGAUCACUUAUCCAAGUAUCUGGCUGUGAGGUUAGCUUUAGAAGAACUUCGAAGCAAAGGAGAAUCAAACCAGAUGAAUCUUGAUACAGCCAGUGAGAAGCAGUAUACCAUUUAUAUAGCAACAGCCAGUGGGCAGUUCACUGUAUUAAAUGGCUCUUUUUCUUUGGAAUUGGUCAGUGAGAAAUACUGGAAAGUGAACAAACCCAUGGAACUUUAUUAUGCACCCACAAAGGAGCACAAAUGAGCUUUUACUAAAACCAGUCUGGAUAAUGAACUUUUUUUUAUAGCCUAUUUCUUUAUUAUUAAAGAUGUACCAUCAUUACUUUUAUGGACACUAUCUUGGAUAUGUUGUUCAACUUUCUUCCUGAGCCAGCCUCGUUUAUACUCUUAGAAUCUUUUCCCCUUAAUUUAAGAUUUCCUUUUUGGAAGGGAAUAACUAUAGUUAUUCAGAACAUUUUCUUUCCUUUUAAAAAUAUAUCUAAGUAGUAUGUCUUACAAAGUAUGGUUUCAUUUGGAGCACUCUUUGACCCAGGAAUUUUCAUAAUUUUGGAUUCUUUUUUUUUUUUUUUUUUUAAUUUCACCUGAGGAUAUGUUUUAUUGAUUUCUACAGAGAGAAGAAGGGAGAGAGAAACAUCAAUGUGAGAAACAUCAAUGGUUGCCUCCUGUAUGUGGCCCGACUAGGGUCAAAACUGCAACCUAGGUAUGUGCCCUGACUGGGAAUUGGACCUGCAACCUUUUGGUGUAUGGAAUGAUGCACCAGCCGUUGAGCCACAUGGCUAGAAAACGAUUCUGUAUUAAGAUUCAGUUGGCCAUCUUUUUUCCUCCCCUCAAAAGUUUAGGCCUUACAUAAUGUGAAAUAAUAUGUAUUUUGACUUUUCCCCCCCCUGGAAUCUUGUAUGCGUAUAGUUUUCUAUAUAAGCUGUAGUAUUUUCAUGAAGACCAAGGCUCAAAUUUACUGUUUAAAAAUUAGUUCUCAUAGGAUUAUUUUCAUGAUCUUUUCCACAAUCAAUCAAUCUCUCUCUCUCUCUCUCUCUCUCUCUCUCUCUCUCUCUCUCUCUCUCUUUACAGAAAGGUUCUUUAUGAACGUAGUGUUCAUUGUCAUGCAAUGUUAUUUUUCCCAUUUCUCCCCUACUCUAAUUUUGGAAUUUCUGAUCCUGGGAAAGAAUCAAACAAAAUCUAAAGUUCAGUGAGAACUUGGUUCAUUUACAGAUUUCACUGAAGAAAUAUUGUAUUGGUCUUAUGUAAUCUCCAGGUAUAUAUUUAAAGAGGUCUUUUUUGUGUGUGUGUGUAUUCUGUCAGUGCAGUUCCUUUAUUAUGUAUGUUUGAUGAUUUUUUCUAUUAAAAUACCAGAAAUAUGGAGAUAUUUUGCACUUUAGCCUUGAUGAAAAGUACAAGAUAUGUUCAAAGCUUCCCCACUUCUUUCUAUGUUGGUAGCUAUGUAAGCUAAGAAUAAUAUGGCAUAUGAAAAUGUUUGCUUCUGUUUGAAAAAUGUGUUUAAUAUUUGAGUUGCCAUAUAUCAGUUUAUAAAUUUGGUGCUUUGCUAAUUACACUCUAGAGAAGCAAAUUACCAGAGCGUAGACUGCCUUGAUAUGUAGUAAUACAUAAUUCUGUAGAAGUAUGUCAGCCAGGAGGGUAAAAGUCAUUGUCUUCUUAAUUUAGUUUUAUAUUGAGGGACAAUGUUCAGCGUUUGGACCCAGGCGGCUUUAUGAUGGCAGGCAGAAAUAAGAUGGGAUUGUGUUGUUUUUCACCCCUGUUCUGAUUUCAGGUAUAUUUCCAAGUUUGUAUUCUCACAGUAUUACAAAGACAUGUUUGCAUUGAGAAAUAGACCCUACAGGGUUUUUGUCACAGGGGGAGACUAGUCCUUCAGAACCAGAACUAAAGUCUUAUCUAGACCUUGGAAUUAUUUACCUGUCAUUUUUGACAUUUUGGGCCAGCUUGAGGUUUUAAAUCUUCAGCCCAAUAUUAAAAUAAAAGUAUAGUCUUAUUCAAUUUUUUACCAUUUUACUGAAAAUACUUAAAAUCUGUUUUUAUAGGGUUUUUUUUUUGUAAUCUGUGCCAUGAAAUUUGAAAACCAUGAAAAGUCACGGGAAAUUUUGUAUUCAAUUACUUUUGUUGUUGUAAUGUUACAUUGUAUAAACUAUCAAUGCAUGCCCACUCAAUAUAACCCUGGUUUUGUGCUAUAACUGUUUAGAUUUUAUUGGUGACAUUAGAUUAGUGGUUGCAUUAAAUAACUAAAUUCCCAUUGUGAUUAUUAAUUGAAAUUUUGUCUGUAAGCAAAAAGUUAUUUGUGAAUAUAAGCUCUGUGCUUAGAAAAUGUAUGUGUUUAUAUUUGCCAGCUUGGGGGUGGAUGUAAAUUCUCCAUCACUAGUGAACUCAUUUGGAUCUGUAGUCUUUUACAAAAUAUAGUUCUAGAUAUUUGGUAGAUAUUAUAGAGAUUUGAUAGAGAAUUGAGUGCAGUGUUGUAUGUGUAUGUGUGUGUGUUUGUGUUUUGGGGUGGGUACUGUUUAUCAUUACUACCAACCAAGAUUUUAUAAAGUAUUAUCUAAAUAAGUUCUGUAGCCAUCAUCUGUGUUGAGGAACAAAAGGCUCAUCAAAUGUGGUGAGGCCAUUGGAUACAUUAUCAUUUAAAAAUUUACUAGGGUAAAAUAUAUAUAACCAAAUUUACCAUUUUAAUGAUUUUUUAGUUUAGUGGCAUUAAGUCCAUUCACAGUAUCGUGUAACCAUGACCGCUAUUUCCUGAACUUU